ACAGGCUGCAACCCAAACACGGAAGCAGCUCAAACAGCUGCGAGAGCAAAAGUUGAGGCGCUUCCUUUGACGCAUAAAUGCGUCCUAAACGUUAUUACAUAUUUAAAAAGUUAAAACAGCCGAAACACUAAGUCAAAACGUUUUCUGUAGAUGGCUUUCGCGCGGUUUCCUGUUGCUGUGGCCCUGUGUUUUGCUGUCUUAUCGGUUGCCGUCGCCAUCGUUGGACAGAAACAGGCGAUGCCGCCUCCUCUGCCCGCUGCCCUCGGUAUCUGCUCCCUCGCCGGGAUGGCACUGGUUUGGAGGGACAUUGGCUCGAAGAUGAAGGGUGAAAACCGGACGUUAAGCGGUCUGCUCAGCCAGUAUCUGGCGGUGAAGGCCGUGGGCUGGCUGGGCAGGCGGCAGAGGAAGAAACUUGAAGCCGACACGCUCAACGUGAGGCAAGCCCAGGAGGAGACUCUGCUGAGGCGCCUGCGUAAAAACGCAAACACAUGUUAUGGAAGACAGUUUGACUUCUGCUCAAUAAAAGACAGUGAUAGUUUCAGGGCGCGUCACCCCAUCACCACAUACGAGCACUACCGAGAGCUCAUCAGACGGAUCGCUGCAGGGGAGGAGAAAGUGAUCAUUGCUGAGAAGCCGCUGAUCCUGGCCAUGACCUCCGGGACGUCAGGAGCCAGCGCCAUGCUGCUCAGCACCAAAGACACCAACACUGAGUUCUUCCUGCAGGGAGUGACUGUGUGUUUGGAUGCCAUGCGGCAGGCAUAUCCUGCAACCGACAGCCUCCAGCGCACGACUAAGUUCUUCUACACACCUACUUUUCGCCAGUCUGACGCCGGCAUUCCCAUCGGACCAAACUCCUCCACACCAGCCUCCUCCCGCCACAUGCUGAACCUCUACACCACCCCGGCACCCGCCUUUGAGGUUCCCAGUGAGAAGGACACCCUCUAUCUGCACCUCCUGUUUGCUCUGAAAGAUCCCAGUGUGGGAACACUGGAGUCCAACUUUGCCUCCACGGUCUUCUAUGCUUUCAGUGCCCUACAGGAUCGUUGGCAGGAACUUGUGGAAGACAUUGAACGAGGGAGGGUCAGCAGUGCUCUGGCUCUGGAGCCCAAAGUGAGGGCCGGGCUUGAAGCUCUGAUGAAGCCGGACCCAGAAAGAGCCGCUCAGCUCCGGGCCCACUUCCAGGAGGGCUUCAGGGCGAUCGCCAAGCGGCUGUGGCCGCACCUCCACCUGGUGCUGGCAGUGGACUCAGGCUCCAAUCAGAUCUACGGGGAAAUGUUGAGGGAGAAUUACUGCCAGGGAGUGCCUUUCUACUCACCCUUUUAUGCUGCUACUGAAGGUCUAAUAGGGGUGAACCUGUGGCCUCAGGAGCCAAACAGACGCUAUCUGCUGUGUCCUCGCUCCAUGUUCUGCGAGUUCCUGCCAGAGAGCAGCCUGGAGGAGGAGGCGCCUCGCACUCUGCUGAUGGAGGAGGUGAGGGAGGGACAGAACUAUGAGCUCGUCAUCACAAACGCUUCAGGACUCUUCAGAUACCGCAUUGGAGACAUUGUGAAAGUGGUUGGUUUCCAUAAUCAGUGCCCCAUUGUUGAGUUUCAGUACAGGCGGGGUCAGAUGUUGAACGUUCGAGGGGAGAAGGUGUCUGAAGCGUUGUUCCUUGAUGCUCUGAAGAAAGCUGUUGCUCAGUGGCCAGGAGCUCAACUGGUCGACUACUGCUGCGCUGAGAGCGGCAUCCUGGGAGACUCAAUAGGCGGCUCAGAUCCUCAUUACCAGGUGUUUGUGGAGCUGAAAGGUGUGAGGAACCUCACAGAGGAGCAACGAUACAAGCUGGACAUGUGCCUCCAGCAGGACUCGGCUGUCUACAAGUCUUUCCGUAUCAAAGGCAGCAUCGGACCAAUGAGGGUGCAGCUGGUGGCGGAGGGUGCGUUCAAAGACCUUCGUAAGCAGAUGAUGGCGUUCUCAAACACCUCGCCGAACACCUUCAAAAUGCACCGAGUCCUGCGCAGGAAAGAAUACGCUGAUUUCUUAUUGGGAAAAACGGUUUCCUGAAACCUCCUGUUGUGGGGACAGGGAUAAAGCUUGUGACUCUGACUGUGGUGAGGGCUGAGUGACUGAGUGACUUGUCUAGUUUUUUUGAUAAACUUUUCAUGAGGGAGUUGAUGAAUUGUGCCUUUGGCAGCCGUUAAAGACAAAAACGCAUCAUUGAUUUUUAGCAAUUAAAAAUGUUCAUUUGACUGAUUUAAUUUUCUCAACCAUAUUUAUAACUUUAUUAAAGCGAACUGUUCAACUGUU